GUUUUUUAGUAUUUUAUACACCGUGGAAGUGUUGACUUCGAUAAUAUACAAAACGCCGAAGAUUUGUGUGGACAUUUUUCAACGUUAUAAUAUGAUCAAUGUUUAAUGAUACGUCUUUUUCGAUAAUUUUUUUUUCUUUCAUUUUUUUGGUGUGUUAAAACUGACGUGUUUUUCAAAAUAAAUAUUGGGUUUUCUAUGUUAUGUUUGCUUUAUUUAUAAAAUAUAUUGAGGAAAAGAAAUAUAAUUAUGAUAUUGCUCAAGUAAAAUGGAACAUUUCUAAUUCAGUAUUUAGUUGUCUUGUGUAAUAUAUACGAACGCACGAGCAUGAGUACCAGUACUGAGAAAUUUUAAAUGUACAGAAAAACACUGACGAAGAAGAAAAAAAGUGUCGCAGUUUGGGUCGCAUGUAAAUCAAAUAAUUAUCCGGAAAAGACACAUUAAUGCUCGGCCGGUCUUUCAGUGAAGGGACACUACACACAUACACGAAUUAAACAAAAAAAAAACGAAAAACAUUAAAAUUUAUGUGUUUUAAAUGAAUCAGUUGAUUAUGGUGUUUCUUUGAUCUGUUUUCACACACCAUUGAUUAGAGCAGAGAGAAUUUAAUGUUUUUAUUGUUUGCGAGAUUGUUUCAUUGCUACAAUAUUAUAAAUAAUUCAUGUGCGGUGGUGGUUUCUGUGCGUAUAUAGUGGCUAUUACAAUAAUCAAAUAAUUUCAUAUAUUAUGCACAAUCCGCAGAGAGUGAAUGAAAGAUAAAAAAAUAAAAAUUAAUUUCGAGAAAAAAUCUAAACGGCAAAAGAGUUAAAAAAUUGAAUGGUGAAAGUAUUAUUGGUAUACGAAUGUUAUCAAAAAUACGUUAGUAUUUUUGUGUGUGUUUAAUACGAAAAAAAAAAUUUUUUUUUUUUGCUUGCAAUUACGUCGUAGAAUAAAUUUUUUCGUUUUAAACAAAAAAAAGCAAAAAAAAAAAAAUUGCUGUGUUUACAUAAACAACGAAAAAAAUGGCUGCUCUUAACGAUCUAACAAUACCAAUCAUCUUUGUAUUAUUUGCUAUUGGUGUACAAAGAUCAACAGGUGAACAUCCAGAACUUCCGGACUGUAAACCAAAUGUAUGUACAUAUCUAGACAUCACAUGCCCAGCCGACAGUAGUCAACGAGAAAUUCUACCAAUAUUUGACCAAAAAUCCGAAAAUCUUACCCAAGACCCAGCAACGAACAAUCAACCGACCAUGGUAAAAUCCAAACGAUCCAUACAUUUCGAACGCCACGAUCCGAUUCAAAUUGUUCCCGGCCCAUACAAACAGAAGCGAAGCAUCAAUUCGGAUGAACAAAUUGACAAUAAAAAAGCUGCACUGAUCGAAUGUUGCAUACAAAAGCUAUGCAUUUGUGAUACGCGUUGCACCCAGCCGAGUUGCCGUACCGGUCAAACGCUCGUCCUCGAACGUGAAGGUAUGCCAAUACCGGGAUCAUGUUGUCCCGUCUAUAAAUGUGUUCAUUUCACGCGACCGGCCGUUAGUUGCUACUCGUCGGAAAAGAACAAGCAUUACCAUCAUGGCGAUACGUGGAGCGAAGGCGACUGCACCACGUGCCGAUGUGACGAUAAAGGGAAAAAGCAUUGUGUGGUGAGUGUGUGCAAAGCGCUGUUCUGCGAAAAGCAAAUCAACAUACCGGGCGAAUGUUGUCCGAUGUGCGACCAUACGAAUAGCAAAUUUUGUGCGGGUCAAGAACAAUGCGAAAUUAUCUGUCGCUAUGGCUAUGAGAAUGACACAACCGGUUGCAGAAAAUGUAAAUGUGCCACAGAUCGUCCGACGGAUAAAACUAACGAGGACGACGGUUACAACAGCAACGAAAUGACGUUUUUAUGCUUGGGAUUGGUAAUGGUGCUUAUCAUUUUCGUUGUGUUUGUUGCAAUCAAAUAUUUGAGGAGAAAUAAUCAAAGCUAUAACAUUGUACGAGUUCCUAGUGGCUAUAAUUAAAACACAAAACAAAACAAAAAUUAACCGAAACAGUUAGCAUGUGUGUAAAUAUUUUACUUUGUUAGAAUGUAAUUGUUGCAUAGAACAUUUUCUGGAAUUGUCAUUUCACAGAUAACCAAUCAACGUCUCUGGCUGCAUACAAAUAAAGCUCGAAACGAAUUCAAAUAUUGAAAAAAGCAAUGUUAAGUUAACGAAAAUUUUCUUUUGUAUUCAGCUCUUUUCGCAUUGUCUUAAAAUGUGAAACUUGCAUUUUUGCUGCACUUUCUCUAUUGAAAUGAAUCAAGGAAAAUUGAUAGCAAAUGCAUCGUUGACAUUUGUUGACAAUGCGAAAAGUGCUGAAAAGAAAAGAAAAUUUUCGUUAACUUUACAUUGCGACGUAAAUCUAGAGUAAAGUUAAUCAGAAAUUUCAUGUCUUAAGACUUAUCGAAGAACUUCGAACACAAUUUUUUGGUAGACCAACUAGCAGAUUUUUUCGUUUUUGUUAGGUUGAAAUUCCAUAGUACAUACUGUGCAUUACCGGUAAUACCGUUCAGCUCAUUACCGACAAUAGAUCAUCUUCAAAAUACGGUAAUUUCAUACGUAACCUCACGAAAGUUAAAUGUUUCGUUCAUUCAUUUCUAUGAAGUUUUUUUUAACGUGGAUGGCAUUUCUUGACGUAGAUGACAUUUCAAACUGCCUUGAAGAUGAUCUAUACCACAAAAUGUACGUAAAUGUUUUCGAUCCGAUGGUGGAUUACCGUACCGUGUCAUAAUUAAGGUUGAAUAAUGAAUAUGCGGCUAGUUCUCCAAAUUAAUGAAUCUGACUUUAUUUUUGUAAAAAGAAAAGCUUGGAAACAGGCAGAACAAUUCUUAUGAUCUGGAAUUUUGAUUACCUCCUGCAAAUUCAGGCAGAUAAAUCGACAAAGAUUUUAAAUGGAAAUUUAACCGAUUUCUGGGAUACAAUUGGAAAUUCCAGAUCAUAAGAAUUGUUCGGUUCGUAUCAAGGUUUUUUUUAAAGAAAUAAAAUCAGAUUUCAAUUAAAUUAAUUGAAUUAAAGAAGUAGACGCGUUUAACGAGUAUUAUCCCGUGGACCAGCUGGUGAUCGGUCAAAUGGGUAAUUUACGUGGUUACAGACAGCCAGUAUCUACACUAAAAUUCAACUUGACCAAACAAAAAACCAAAAUCUGCAUUUCAUUGAUUUUAUUGUUCGUUGUCCAGUGUCUACUCAAAAUUUCGUUAAAGUUUAUUUGCACAAAAAAAGCGUCCAAUUUGAGUGAAAAUUUUCAUAACAAAGAAAAGUCUGACAAAAAGUCCACCGGUUGAAAUUUUGGGUGUGCACUGUUCUUACGAACCAGAAUGAUCGCUUUAAAUCGAUUAUUAUCAAUGAUUGAAUUUCGUUAAUCUUUUACUGUAUAUAGUGUAACCAGUUAUCUGUGAAAAUGUUUCAUGAAAAAGUCUUUUAGUAUUAAGAAACGUGAUACCGUAUUUUGGAAAGUUGUUACAUAUUCCAGAGUUUGCCAUCCUUGCCAUCCGCAAAAAACAUAAUAUUAAAUACAAUUGUAAGUGAGAUAUCCCAAACAUAUUUGCAUGCUUUCGAAGAAUCCGACCUAGAAUCUAUACGAAAAUCAUUUUGUUUUUCUGUCAAUAAUCUUUCCCCCAAAUGACCCCCCCAUAACAACUCGGAAAUAUUCUCAACAAAGAAGAAAGAAAAUUCGUUUGAAAAUUUUGUUAUUUAUUGUAAUUGUGAAGAAAAGAAGAGGAGGAAAACCAAGCAAAACGAAAAUAUUAAUUUAUUUUAUGAACUGAAUUUAGUUUGUAAUGUUGAAAA